UUGAUAUAUUUGCUGACUCUUUGUGUUCUCACAAAGACGGAAGUUCGCAAGGAUGAUACCUCUCACUUCCUUACAAUAUUCUCUGAAACCUUUAAUUUUUUUCUGUCUUUCUCACUGUUAGUCACUACCAACACCCGGCGAGGGUUAUGGCUGAGUUUUUAGUGUUUUUCUUUCUGUAGGCUUUAAUCGCACAACUAUUCUGAUGGACCUGACCUUAUUAUGGUGUGUUUUAUCAGUAAAAAGGGCAAGUUCGUCUUUCAGGCUUUUUGGUUGGCUAACGUUCAGAAACGUAAGGUUAGCUAACUUGGCUAGGAUGUGCUAACGCAAGCUGAUAAAGUAAAGUAGCGUCAACGGUUCGGUGUCCAGUUUGUCUUUCCAUUGACUGUGUUUGAUAAAGUGGUUCCUUCAUAUCUGUCUAAGGGCCGUUUGAUAAAGCUAAGUCCUGCGCUAACUUACCUGGUUUGUAAGCUAAAGGCUAACGGUAAGCUCGGCACUCCUGGUUGAGUUUUGCUCGAUUCGCUUUAGACAACUAGCUUUCAUCACCUGCUGCCAAAAUGAUGGACUUUGAUAAUAUAUUGGACAUCGCCUCGCAAAACCAGGGCCUCGGCAGUGCACAGAAGAGAUAUAGUUUACAGGCUGGACCACCCAAGAAGGACCCAAAGUCGAAAGCUGUAAAUCCUGCUGCUGUUCAGGCACUUCUGAAGAAGCAACUAAGUGACUCCAAAAAGAAAGAACUGCAAAUGAAGAAACAGAAGGAGGAGCUACUCGCCAAAAGGGUUGAGUUGAAGUCAGACCGUAAAGCACGAGCCAUGGCUUCCAGAACUAAGGACAAUUUCAAAGGCUACAACGGCAUCCCAGUGGUAGAGGCUCCUAAGAAGAGGAGAUCAAAACUAGAUAUGCAGGAAGAUAAAUCUAUGGCUAUAGAAGGAUUUAGGAAUAACUCAAUUGACCCAGAGGAUGAUGAGGAUAACUACGAGUAUGAACAGACAGAUUCAGAGCCAGAGCAGGAGCCAGAGCCACUGAGACCAGGGAAAACCACAGGUGUUAGUGGCAGCAGCAGCAGCAGCAGUAGUAGUAGUAGCAGUAAGCCUUUCUCUAAAAAAUCCAGUGGGCCACCCAAACCUGCUCCACCUCCUAUGAACUUUGCAGACUUACUCAAACUGGCAGAGAAGAAGCAACAUGAGCCAGUUGAUCUAAAACCCAAGGUAGUGAAAAAGGAAGAAAGGCUCCGCACAGCUGAGGAGAUGAGGGAACUGGAGAUGGAGCGCAAGGCUAAGAGACAGGACAAAGACAGAGACUCAAAGGCAGAGAGAGAAAGAGACAGCAAGUCUCAGUCUAGCUCUAGUUCAAUAAGAAAAAGCACUUUAGAGAAGGAGCAGAAGAACUGCAAACCCCAAAAGAACUCCUCAGAAAAACCAAGUCUGCCCAGUGGGUCAGGGAAGAAGUCGCAUAGUGAUAGAGGACAUUCUUAUUCCAGGUCCUCUGUUAGUGACAGAGAAAGGGAGAGAUCCAAGAUAUCUCACAGUGAUAGAGACAGAUCCAAGACAAGUUCAUCUGGUGCCAUAAAUAGUAAAGGUUCUUUGAAAGCCACAUCUUCUCAGGUUUCAGCCAAACAAGGGUCCUCCAAACCCUCAUCCAGCCACAAAUCCAGCACCUCAAGUGACCUUAGCUACAAAAAAGAAAGCUCGUCAUUAAAUCAAGGAAGAGCCUCAGGUUUUCCUGGGACCAGGCCUCCUGGUACACCUGUAACAGGCCAAAAAUCUCAACAUGGGAGUUCCCAACAGACCAGGCCCAGUCAGGGUAGCUCCUUGAAACAGGGCCCUCCAGUCGGAGGUCACAAGUCUGGAAAAGGAGAACCACUAAGGCCUGGAACUAAUUCUGCAGUAAAAUCAAGUGGUAAUUCAGUAAUGAGAAAUUCACUAGGCAGCCCUCCUAAGGGAGGGAGCCAACCUCUUCCAAGGCCUGGAGGCAUGCUCCAGGCAAAAGCUGGUGGUGUCACACAGGCCAGGCCUGGUGGGAGUGGUCUAAAGGGUCAUCCUGGAGGUAACGGAUCCCGGCCCCCAGGGACCGGACCUGGUCGGCCUGGCAGUGGGGGACCAGUACCCGGAAGAUCGACUGGCAGCAUUGGAUUAGGACCUGGAAGACCUAAGUGCACUGUGGUGUCAGAGACCAUCUCGUCCAAGAAUGUUGGUGGACCCAGACCAGGAGUCCCUCCUCGACCCGGGAUGCCACCUCGACCCGGGAUGCCACCUCGACCCGGGAUGCCACCCAGACCCGGGAUGCCACCCAGACCCGGGAUGCCACCCAGACCCGGGAUGCCACACAGACCUAUGAUGAACAGACCACCAGGUACGAUGUUACCACCUAUCACAUCUGCCUACAAGAGGAAAUAUGAAGAUGAGGAAGACGAGUGUGACUCAGAAAUGGAUGAUUUCAUUGAUGACGGAGGGGACGAGCCAGAGGAAAUUUCCAGGCACAUUAAGGAAAUCUUCGGCUAUGAUCGAAACAGAUAUAAGGAUGAGAGUGACUAUGCACUUAAAUUCAUGGAGAGCAGCUGGAGAGAUAUGCAGAAAGAAGAGGCCAGGAGCCUGAGAAUGGCUGUGCAAGAAGAUCUGGAGGAGGAGAAAAGGGAGGAAGAGGAGCUGAACAGGAAAAAUGGCAAGAGGAGAAAAAAGAACUGAUGCCCAUGAAUGAAUGAAUGAAUGAAUGAAUGAAUGAAUGAAUGAAUGACUGAACUCCCCGCCCCGGUCUCCGGAAACAUGGAACAAUAGGUCUGCCAACCUAACACAUGAAGCCCAGUGACUGUGUACACCCUGGGCUCCAUAGCUUUCUUUCCGAUUUUCUCACUGUUCGGACGAAAACUUGAGUGGAGUGACAUGUGACAUUCGUUCAAGAGGAAAACAGUGGAAGAAUUUUAGUCAGAGACAACCCGAAAAAGUCAGAGAUUAAAUAUGCACAAAUCAUUCAGGCAUUAGGUCGUUAGGAUUUAAUGAAAAUUUGUCACAUAUUCCCUGUUAUAUUAUUUAUUUUCCCCACUGAGUGCAGGGUUUACACUGUCAACAGUCCUAAUUUCUAAAAGGAACUGAGCUGCAAAGAGAAAUAAAAUAUGGAGGAUUGUUAUUUUUUUUUUUUUUAAAAAGACUAACAGUGGCAUACAAUGUCAAGUGCUGAUAACGCGCUAUUUUUGAGCAGAUGUUGCAUAUUUUUCCAAACUUUGAUUAUAAAGUCAGCUGAAUAUGCAGAAAACAUUACCACUUGAUGUGUUGUGUGUUUCUCUUUAAAAGUGUUUGACAGAAAUGGUUCCAAAAAAGGCUUUUAUUUAAUUUAAUUGUCUACUUUUACGUCAAUGUUUUCUCAGAAAAUGACAAUCUUAGUAAUAUAAUAAGAUGUUAGAUUCUACGACACGUCACUUGUAGAAAAAGGUAUGAUUUUUGGUUCCCAGUGAAAACAAUGAAAUAUUUUCUUGCCA